GCUUCUGUGCUGCCACAUAGACGCUAAGAGAGGGGAAAGCACGCACACGGCAGAAAGAGGGGUGUCUUGGCAAUGGAAAAUCCAUUAUUAUGAUCACAUUAGCUAGUUACUAAGAACAUUGGAUAUACUGAUAUUAGGACAUGAACGGGAUGGCAUCGCGAUCCAACCAGUGGAAUCUCGAGCAGAGAUAGAGAGUGCCUCGCUCGUGUUCGCAGCCUUCUGCACGAUGAGCGUAGCUCUGCAAGAUCUGCGGAACAAUAUGUCCAACUACAAGCGCACAACAUUUGAAGAGGAUGAGGUGGCUGACAUCCCGGCUGAUGGAGCCAUCUCCCCUGACAGUGUGGAGGUUGGGUUCCGAAAGGGCGGGGUCCAGCUUCUGGGUCCGCUGGGUAGGAGGACGCAGUUGGAGGUGGUUCUGUCGGGUUUGCUGCUGGCCUCUCUGCUGGCGCUGUUUGGCUGUGCCCUGACCUUAGGCGUCCGCUACAGCACCGACCCAGCUCGUAACCUGUGCCUCACAGAGGCCUGUGUCAGGGUAGCCAGUAAGAUUGUGGAGGCUCUGGACCGCCAAGCAGAUCCCUGCCAGGACUUCUACCAGUACGCCUGUGGGGGCUGGGUCCGCAAGAAUCCCCUGCCCGAUGGGAGGUCCCGCUGGAGCACCUUCAACAGCAUCUGGGACCAGAACCAGGCUGUGCUCAAGCACCUGCUGGAGAAUGGCACCUUUAACUCCAGCAGUGAGGCAGAGAGGAAGACCCGGGAUUACUACCUGUCCUGCCUGAACGAACAGCGCAUCGAGGAGCUGGGAGCCCAGCCACUGAUCGACCUCAUCGCCAAGACAGGUGGCUGGAACAUCACAGGCCCCUGGGACAAGGACAAUUUCAUGGAGGUUCUGAAGACGGUGUCCGGACCGUACCGGGCCCAGCCUUUCUUUACCAUAGGGGUCAGCGUGGACCCCAAGAACUCCAACAGCAAUGUCAUCCAGGUUGACCAAUCGGGGCUGUUCCUACCUUCCCGAGACUAUUACCUCAACAAAACAGCUAAUGAGAAGGUGUUGAAGGCAUACCUGGACUACAUGGUGGAGCUGGGCAUGCUUCUGGGUGGGGACCAUGCCUCCACCCAGAGCCAGAUGCAGCAGAUCCUGGACUUUGAGACAGCACUCGCCAAUAUCACUGUCCCUCAGGAUGAGCGCCGAGACGAGGAGAAGAUCUAUCACAAGAUCACCAUUUCUGAGCUGCAGCUUCUGGCUCCAGCUGUGGACUGGCUGGAUUACCUGUCCUCUGCAUUGUCUCCGUUGGACCUGAACGACACCGAGCCUGUGGUGGUCUAUGCCAAGGACUACCUGCAGCAGGUGUCUGACCUUAUAAACAAGACAGACCGCAGCUUGCUGAAUAACUACAUGAUGUGGAACCUGGUUCAGAAGGGGGCAUCCAGUCUAGACCAGCGCUUUGAGAAUGCUCAGGACAAACUGCUGGAGAGUCUCUAUGGUACCAAGAAGUCUUGCACGCCGCGGUGGCAGACGUGCAUCGGAAACACGGACGACACGCUGGGAUUCGCCCUCGGAGCCCUUUUCGUCAAGGCGACCUUCGACAAACACAGCAAGGACGUCGCAGAGGGGAUGAUCAAUGAGAUCCGCACAGCAUUUAAAGAUGCGCUGGACAAAUUGAGCUGGAUGGACAGACAGACACGUCAGGCAGCCAAGGACAAGGCAGAUGCAAUCUACGACAUGAUCGGAUUCCCAGAUUUCAUCUUGGACAACAAGGAGCUGGAUGAUGUUUAUGAUGGGUACGACGUGUCCGAGGACAAUUUCUUCCAAAACAUGCUCAACUUCUACAACUUCUCUGCCAAGGUGAUGGCUGACCAGCUACGCAAACCACCAAAUAGAGACCAGUGGAGCAUGACCCCACCCACUGUCAAUGCUUACUACAUGCCUACCAAGAAUGGCAUUGUGUUCCCUGCUGGAAUCCUGCAGGCACCCUUCUACGCCCAGGACCACCCCAAGGCACUAAACUUUGGAGGGAUCGGAGUGGUGAUGGGGCACGAGCUGACCCACGCCUUCGAUGACCAGGGGAGAGAGUAUGACAAGGAUGGUAACCUUCGCCCCUGGUGGCAGAAUUCCUCAGUGGAGGCAUUUAAGAACCGCACUGAGUGCAUGGUGGACCAGUAUUCCCAAUACACAAUCAAUGGGGAGCACAUCAAUGGCAAACAGACACUUGGAGAGAACAUUGCAGACAAUGGAGGACUGAAGGCUGCUUACCAUGCAUAUAAGUCGUGGGUGCAAGCAAAUGGAGAGGAGAAGCGGCUACCGGCGGUCGGGCUCACCAACGACCAGCUGUUUUUCGUGGGAUUUGCACAGGUGUGGUGCUCGGUUCGGACCCCAGAGAGUGCCCAUGAGGGCCUGAUGACUGACCCCCACAGCCCCCCCAAGUAUCGGGUAAUUGGUACCCUCUCCAAUUCCCCAGACUUCGCCCAACACUUCAGUUGCCCAGCCGGCACACCCAUGAACUCUGGCCACCGCUGCGAGGUGUGGUAGGACGUGAGGUCGAGAAGGGCGAGACGAGGGACAAGCUGCUCCCCCACAGCACUGGACUUCUUUUAUCACAUUUUUUUCCCUUUUUUUGUAGUAGAAAACAACAAUGCUGGAUAAGUACAGGGGUUCCCGGAGAAAGAAAAGGCAAAGGAAGAAAGUGAAAGGAACAGAGGGAGAGGGAAAGUGUGUGUUUAUUUCUCUGUCGCUGGUUGAACACAACAGUGUCACCUCACUCUACAGCUCUUGUUGGUCUCUGCAUUCUCCGAGGGGCAGGCUUGUGUUUAUUUAUUGUGAGCUGAACUGGGGGGGGG